UUAUUUGUGGAGGGGAUGAAUGCAGUCAUUCGGUCUCGCAGGCCAGAAAGAAUCCGAUUCACAGCGAGACUGGACGAGGCGAUGGUCAAGCAAAUUCGAAGCUCUUUCACGGCCAUCGUCACCUUUACAAGAAGGUGCUUCAGUUCUCUGUCAUAUUACCAUUAUGAGGGAAGUGAGCCGUUGAGGCCGUUAACAAUUGGCCAAUUAUUGGACAAUGCUGCUGAAAAAUGGCCGGACCGGAUAGCUGUGUCGUCCAAACAUGAAAAUGUCACUUUAACGUAUUCUCAGCUGCGAGACAAGGCUAAUCAACUAGCAGCAAGCUUUCUGAAGCUGGGAUUAAAGCCGGGAGACAGGAUCGGAGCAUUGGGGACGAAUUCAAUCAAUUGGUUUCUCACACUUCAUGCAGCAGCAAAAGCUGGACUCAUUUUGGCUGGCAUAAAUCCUCUCUACAGGCCGAAUGAACUGAAGUAUACUUUUAAUAAAGCAGGCCUGCGUGCUGUCGUUACCGAUGUGUCUUUCAAAUCACAAAACUUCUACAAGAUGCUUUCUGAAAUUUCGCCUUCUAUCGCACAGACGCCACCGGCCUGCCAGUUGAAAACAGCUCAACUGCCCGAACUCGAAUUUUUGAUUGUCAAUUCGGAUGAACAACUUCCCGGAACUUACAGAUUUAAAGAUGUGGAAGGAUUGGCGGAUAAUUUAGACCAAUUUUACCAAGUCAGUAGAAACAUUCAGCCAGACGAAGCUGGAAAUAUUCAGUACACAUCGGGCACAACAGGCUAUCCGAAGGCUGCAACUCUUACCCAUUUCGGUAUGGUAAACAAUGCUCAUUUCUUUGGUAAACGAUGCGGACUUCAUGAACAGCAUCAUAUAGUGUGCCUUCAAGUUCCUCUUUUCCAUGUUUUUGGAUCUGUACUUGGGGUAGUCACAGCAACUGAUUUUGGUUCAACGUUAAUAUUCCCUGGUCCACAUUUCUCAGCGAAUUACACAAUACAGACUCUUAAAACAGAAAGGUGUACUGCAAUAUACGGAACACCAACAAUGUACACUGAUGUGUGCAGAAGCAUUAAAGAAAUGUUGGAAGGCAGCGCCGAUUUGCAGAAAGGCUUAAAAAACUUUUCAGUCGCCGUGAGUGGCGGAGCUCUCUGUACUCCGCAGCUUUUCAAGGAUAUAUCAUAUUGUUUCAAUACAAAAAACAUCCAGUCAGCUUAUGGCAUGUCAGAAAUGAGCCCGAUAACGUUCACCAAUACUUACAAUGACACAUUCGAACAAAGAACGGAAACGGUCGGCAAAGUGGCAGAACACACUGAGGUCAAGGUUGUGGACUCAAAUGGUAAGAUGGUACCGUUUGGAACCCCAGGCGAAGUUUGGUUCCGUAGCUAUUCCUUGAUGCUCGGAUACUGGAGGGACGAGGAGAAAACCAAAGAAAACAUCACACCUUGUCGAUGGAUGAAAUCAGGAGACCUCAUGAUAUUGACCGAAAACGGAUACGGGAGAGUAGUCGGCCGGAUUAAAGAUAUCAUAAUCAAAAGCGGAGAAAAUAUAGUGCCUCUUGAAAUAGAGCAGUACCUUCAGAAACACCCUAAAAUUCUAGAAGCGCAGGUGUACGGCUGUUACGAUGAGCGUCUCGGAGAAGAUGUCUGUGCAAGUAUUCAGCUUCAUCGUGGCAGCACGAUGACAGUGCAGGAGGUGAAAGACUUCUGUAAAGACAAGAUUGCAAAAUACAAGAUUCCAACGCACAUUCGAUUCGUCGACAAUUUCCCAAAAACGGCCUCGGGGAAAAUUAAGAAAAACGAACUCAAAGAUAUGAUAAAUAAGGAAUUAUCAGAGAAAAAAGUGAGAAGAUAAGGGAUAAUUAAACAUCCUAAUUAAUCAAUUAUAUAUUUUUUGACCAAUGUAACCAAUUUAGCGUGUUCAAAUUCCAGAUUUUUCUUUCUAAAAAAUAUAAUUUCAUAAGAUUAUAUAUUUAUUAAAAGUUUGGUCAGAUAAUAACGUUUUUAUAAGUGAGAUCAUAAAACAAUAAAAUAUAUGAUCCUAUGUGAUAAUGUUUACAAAGUGGAUAAUCCAUUCAAAUUACUCCAGGCAAUCAGUAUUUGUUUUUAUUUACAUAUUAUAUUGAAUGUAUUAAAAAUUGAAAAAGAUAUAUCACAUGUGUAUAAUAUAACAAAUUUAAUUCAUAAUUGAAAUCAAUUGUAUUUUAUUAAAACUUAAUAAAUUAUGUGACAU